AUGGCACUGGGCCUCCUCUUCCUCGCCGUGCUGGCCACGCUGGUCUCCUGCGAGGACCCAGAAGGAGCAAGACUUCUGCCACACCCCUGUGCUGGGGCUUGGCACAGGGGAAGUGGGAGCUGGGGUCUGGGAGUGAGGACACUCACCACAGCGAGGGUUGGGGGUGGGCUGAGGGGAGCUUUGGUGGGCUCAAACACCUCCCUGUGGGACUCUGAGGGCUGGGGAGCUGGUGGGAAUGGUGGUCCUCACCCCCCAGCCUUGCUCUCAGUGGCACCAGAAGACCUGGAUACCUACUGGUCUGGCACAGCCCCCAUCUGCGUGGGGGGCUGCAAGGGGAAGCACAAAGAGCUGAAGAGGAGCCAGUGUGGGAACGGCAGCUGCUGCUGGCUGGGCUACAAAUCCUUCUGCAGAGUGAACUGCGGGCGGCCCGAGGCGGAUUUCAACUCGGUGGUGCACGGGAACGACUGGUGGGUGGGCUCCGUGGUGCGCUACAGCUGCCGGCCCGGCUUCCUGCUGCUGGGGGACCCGGUCAGCGCCUGCCAGUCCGACGGCCGCUGGACCCCCAAGCCCUCCUGCCUCCGGAUCUGCCUGCGGGGUCGCAUCGAGAUCAGCGAGCGGGACAUCACCGGGAAGUGCUCGUCGUCCUGCAGCUCCCAGGCCCACCUGGGGGCCUCCCUGAACCGCGGCUGCAUCAAGAUCUCGUCCUGUGUCACCAAGCAGUCGGGCUGGGCGCGCUGGUUCCAGCGCUGUGACAUCUGUGAGUGCGACUGCCACGUGCCCUGCGGUUCCUCCAGCUAGAGCUGGGCCAUCCAGGGCUGUGGCCCCACGCUGAGGGAGGCUUCCACCCUGGGUGUCUGUUCCCUCCACCACGUGUCUCCAUUGCUUCCAUAAGCUCCAUCCAUCCCAAGGCUGCUGUCUGAGAGGAGAAGAGAUGUUCUGGACUCACCCUUGCAGGGCUGCCUUGCUGUCUGGCCCCAUUCCAGGACUCUCCAGGGACAGGGGACGCUCACAUCCCCUUUUUGGGGGGAGGCAGCAGGUGUGCAUGUGCCUGCAGCAGGAGGAUCUGUCCCAUCAGUGCCGCAGGCUGGGAUUUCUCCAUGUGCCAGGGAUUCCCUGCACACAGGCCAGGGGUAGGUCUGCCCUCUGUGUUUGCUGCAGCCCUCAGGCAGAGCUGGAGUGUGGGAUCUGCAGAGCAGCCUGGCCAGGGCUGCAGCACCCCUUGCUGAGGAAUCAAGUGGGUCAAAACUGCCCUGGGAGCACUGGGGCCAGCACAGAUAACUGUGAGGAAAAGUUUCACCUCCCAGGUGCAAAAAUCUUUCCCGUGGGCAGCUCCACACACUGACUGCUGGGCUCCUUCCAGGGGGUCUCUGGUCCUGCCCUGAGAGCCCCUUUCCCCAGGGGCCACCAAGAGACAUUUGGUUCCAGCCAGGAACAGCCUUGUGCUCCCUGAGGAUUGCCCUGACUUCCCUAGGAAGCAGCAAUGGAAAACCCAGAGUUUUUAUUCCCCCAGGGAAGGAGGAGGUGGUCUGCAGCACAUGUGAUGGCAUUGCUGGGGGAGCUGGAGGACCAGCAGCACCUCCAUGGGUAAUUCAAAAUAUAUUUACAGGAAACCACCCAGGUUUUCCCGUCAUGCACAGAGGUUCUGCUCCCUGCUCUGUCCCGGGAGCCCUGAACAUCCGUGACAGAACCAGGACAGGCUCCCUCUGCCACUGCCACUGUCCUGGAAGUGUGUGAGCCACCACGGGGACACACUCACAGCCACUGUAGGAAGGUCCUAGCUGGAGACCAGAGGGAUGCUGAAUGUGCCCAUGGCACUGCCCACCAAGCCUGGCUUGGCACUGGACUCCAUCCCUGCUUCCUUCCACCUUGAAAUGACUCCCCAGCAGGAUGCUGCAGCAGUCUCUGUUUGCUGCAUGGCCACCAGCCUGGGCUCAGGGUCUCCCAGCCCUGACUCAUGCAGCUGAGCAGGAAGGGGUUUAGCAUCAAGGGGGUCCCUCCCAGGCCCACCUUGUGCCCACCUGCAGGGCAGCAGGGCUGUUUGGCACCGCACAGAGGGGGCCUGGGCUGAGACCUGCUAAUGGUGAGUAGCCUGGGGGUGGAAGGCAGAGUGAACUGGGCGAGUACCACGUGCCUUUUGCUCCAUGAGGAGAUGACUCAAGACCUCUAUGUGGAGCUUGGCUCCAUGGCUACCUCCUCAUGCCCUCCCCUGGCCCAGCCCAUGGGCUGCUUUGCCCCACGGCCUCCCCUGGCUUCAUUGUGCUCUGCCAGGGGGCCAAACCACUGCCCUGAGCUCUGUCCCAACCCAAGGCUUGGCUGUGGGAGGGGGGAAGCUCUCCUUGGCUCAACAGAUGGUUUUUUAAUUAAUACUCUUGUUAGUGCCACUCA